AUGAGCGGUCCCACUCCUGAAAAAGCGCUCAUAGGUGUCCCUGAUAGAUGGAUGCAUUGCCCCAAAACUGGAAAGGUAGAAAGUCAUGGAUGCUUAUAUCGCAAAAUGCCUCUGGCUGGACACGGCUCCUCACCCACACAAGAAGAGACAGACCGCUUUGUUCGGCUUGUGCAGGGAUUCACAAGAGACCAUCCAGGGGAGGUCGUUGGGGUCCAUUGUACUCACGGGUUUAAUCGUACAGGAUUUCUCAUCGCUGCAUACAUGGUUGUUGUAAAGGAUUGGGCUGUAGAUUGUGCUGUUCUAACCUUCGCCAAGGAACGUCCUUGUGGAAUUUACAAGCAGGAUUAUUUGGGAGAUCUUUUCGAAAGAUAUGGCGAUCCGGAUGAUUGUUUGGAGGCUCCAAAUAAACCAUCUUGGGAAUAUGGUGAUGCAGUUGGUUACGACCCCGACAGCGAAGCAUCGACCAGUGUCGCCCACCCUCAAGAGAACAUUGAAAAUUUGGAAAAUGGAAAAGAAAAACCCAAGGGCAAGCAGUUCAUGGACGGCCUAGUUCGUGGAGUCGUUCUAGUCACGGACCCGUUGAAAAAGAAGAUGCUGCAAGGAAAGAUCAAGGAACUUGUUGGAUCAAAGCGAGAUGGGUUUCCUGGUCUUCAGCCUGUUUCUUUAGAAAGAUCUCGUGACAAUGACAACUUAAAAUUGUUAGCACAACGACCUUAUAUGGUGUCAUGGAAAGCGGAUGGAAUGAGGUAUAUGAUCUAUAUUUGUGAUGAAAAUGAGAUCUAUGCGUUUGAUAGAGAUAACGAGGUUAAGGACGAGCACGGGAACACAGUUGAUCUACCGCGAUUAUUAAUAUACGAUAUAGUUCAUUUUGAGGAUAUGCAUGUCGGAAAGGAGAACUUCGAUAUCCGAUUCAUGUGUAUUCGGCGAGAGCUCAUUGAGCCGAGGAAUGCUGCUAUAAAAGCAGGUCGUAUUCGUAAAGAACGUGAACCCAUGUCCGUCCGCGUGAAGGAUUUCUGGGAAAUGGAGGCCUUGCCGAAGCUUUUCGAGCCGAAGUUCACGAAGAAUGUUGGACACGAAAUUGAUGGUCUCAUUCUUCAACCGGUCGAUGCUCCAUACACACCUGGUCGCUGCGACAUAGUUCUCAAGUGGAAACCGCCCUCCCACAACUCAAUCGAUUUCAAGCUUCAGAUCAGAAAAGUUGUGAAGGAAGGAGAAUUACCACAGCAUAUCGGUUAUCUCUAUGUGCAACACGCAAACGAGCCGAUGGCGACAAUGAAGGCCACUAAAAAGUUACUUCCUUAUGACAAUAAAAUUAUCGAGUGUACUUUUGAGAAUGGUCAAUGGGUGUUCAUGAGAGAGCGAACGGAUAAAUCGCUGCCGAAUUCAUUGAAAACGGCACAGGCGGUGUUCAACAGCAUGAUGCAUCCCAUCGAUAAAAAUAUGUUGAUAGAUUUUGUUGCAAAAUACGGGUACAAGAGGAAGCCUUCUCGAAUAGAACCUGAAAAGAAACGACCCAGGAAUGAAUAG